CUGGCCGGCCCUGUCCUACCCACCCACACCCACAGCCACACCUAGCGGGCGGUAGUCCGUCACACAUGACGCUUCACGUACGCACACUCACGAUCGUUCGGGCAGGUGGUGCCAGCCGCCAAGGCCCAAGUGCGGUUGAUCUGUUCUGUUCCAUUCUCUUUUCUUCUAUUUUAUUCCGCUUCGUGUCGUCUUUCCUUUUGAGCUGGUUAGCUGCCUACUGUGCCUACCUACCUACUAACCAACAAGCCUUGCCCUGCCCUGCCCCGGACCGGACAGGGCGGAAAGCACGGCCGCCCGCCCGCCCGAUCGCUCGGGGUAAUAAUCCCUUGCUAUGCUAUGCUAUGCUAUGUCAUGCCAUGCCGUUGCUAGGCGGGCCCAACCAACCAACUAACCGACUGACUGACGGACUGACUGAUCUACCAACGCGAUCGACAACGGCCGUCUGCUCGCUCGGCAUCGCCGACGGAGUGGCCGUGCGGGACUGCGGGUAGGCAGGAAGGAUUUGGAGAGGAGGAGCGUUUGCGUGCUUAUUUAUGCGUUAUGGAG